CAUAAUCACAACAAUCCUUAUGCCGUGGAGCCGCUGAGCUAAAUGAAAGAAAAAAUGGAAGAGGAAGCAUGUGUUAUAAUAGUAGGGUGUGGCCCCUCCGGUCUCUCGGCGGCCGCCUGCCUUAACCAGCUCUCAAUACCUUACAUAAUUCUUGAGCGAGAAGAUUGCUACGCGUCUCUUUUUAAGAAAUAUGCGUAUGAUCGUCUCCAUCUUCACUUGGCUAAACAGUACUGCGAGCUUCCUCACUUGCCAUUCCCUGCUUCUUAUCCAACUUUUGUUCCCAAAGACCAAUUCAUCCAACACUUAGAUCACUAUGUUUCUCAUUUCAACAUCACUCCUCUGUACCAAAGAUCGGUCGAGUUGGCAAACUACGAUGAAGACACCAAGAAAUGGAUUGUUAAGGCUAUGAAUAUUGUUUCUGAUGAGAUUGAGGAAUACAGAGCCAGGUUCUUGAUAUUGGCAACUGGAGAAGCAAGCACUCCUUUUAUACCAGAGAUUGAAGGAUUGACUACUUUCACUGGAGAAGUUAUUCACUCAACUCGCUAUAAAAACGGCAAGCCAUAUGGUAAUAUGAAUGUUCUUGUUGUUGGGUCUGGUAAUUCUGGCAUGGAAAUUGCACUAGACCUAGCCAAUCACGGUGCUAAAACCUCCAUAGUUGUUCGUAGUUCGGUUCAUAUAUUGUCAAAACAGAUUGUGUACUUGGGAUUUGCUAUGUUAAAUUAUUUUCCUUAUGGAAUGGUGGAUUCGUUUAUGGUGUUUCUAAGCAAGCUUGUUUACGGAGAUCAGAGCAGGUAUGGAAUUGGGAGACCUAAGGAGGGUCCAUUUUUCCUGAAGAAUGCAUACGGCAAGUACCCAAUCAUCGAUGUCGGAACUUUCAAGAAGAUUAAAUCCGGAGAGAUCAAGGUGUUGCCAGCUAUAGAAAACAUAAGAGGCAAUGAAGUGGUAUUCGAGAAUGGCGAGUCACAUCCAUUUGACUCAAUUGUUUUUUGUACGGGGUUCAAGAGAUCAACAAAUAAGUGGCUUAAGGGAGAUGAUUACUUAUUGGACGAAGAUGGAAUUACAAAAGUGAGCUACCCAAAUCAUUGGAGAGGAAAGAAUGGUUUGUUCUGCGUUGGAUUGUCAAGGCGAGGACUUAAUUUAGCUGGUAUUGAUGCUCAGAGUGUAGCUGAUGAAAUCAAAUCACUUCUGUCCCUCAAAUCAACUGCUUAAAGUUAAAGAUAUAUUAUGCAUGAGUUGAUUCUGCGUGUGUAAAUUUUUGUUGCUCGAGCAGCUUUGUUCGGAAAUAACGGCAUGAGAUUGUCCGUUUAAGGUUACGCUAAUAAAACUCCGAAAUUUGAGCAUACUUCCAUUUCAUAGCCAUGGUUCAAAGAUUUUGCAUCCCUACUUUCUUCAUUGUGCCUCUUCAAUUCUACCUUAGAGGACACCAAAAGUGUAAUGUACUUCAUUAAGUGUACUUAAAAUUAUAAAUGGUAAUUACUUAAGUUAAAAUG